CGGCUUUCCGGUUGGCUCGGUGGUCUUCGUCGACGGGCAGCGGGUUGGCGAGACCGACCGGUGGCCCGGCGGCGGUCGACCCACCGGUCCGCGCAAUUUGGUGCUGCAGCCAGGAAUCCACGAGGUUCUCAUCGAAGUACCGGGCCGGCAGCCGUUGCUACGCGUCGAGCGCCUUGCCAACGGCCUCGAGGUCGGGGUGCUGCGCAACUCCCAGGCCCCGGUGGUAACCACUGCCUUGUGGUACCGCACCGGCACCCGCGAUGAUGCUGCAGGCCUGGGCGGUUCGGCGCAUUUUCUCGAGCACAUGAUGUUCAAGGGCUCGCCGUCCUAUGGCCCGGGCGAGAUCGAUCGGCUAACCCAGUCCCUGGGUGGCUCGAACAACGCCCUGACCAGCCAUGACGGGACGCUCUACUACUUUUCCUUCGCCCCCGACCGCUGGCAGCAGGGGCUAGCGAUCGAGGCCGAUCGGAUGGCGGCACUGAGCCUCGACGCCGAGCAGGUAGCCAGCGAGCGCCAAGUGAUUCACGAAGAGAUCACGAUGUACGAGGGCGAGCCUUGGGAUGCCCUUGAGCAGCAGGUCACCGCGGCCUUCUACGGCGACCAUGCCUACGGUCGGCCGGUGCUCGGCAGCCGCGCCGAGCUCGAUGCGAUCGAUGGCGCGGCGCUGAGCGAGUUUCAUCGCCGCUACUACCGCCCUGACAACGCCAUGCUGACCAUCGCUGGCGAUGUCGACAGCUCGGCUCACCAGCAGGCGGCACACCUAUUCGAGGCGAUCGCCGGCGAAGCGGCCGAUCCUGUGCCGCUGGUGCCGCGUCGUCGACUUGGCCGGCUAGUUCGGCUCGAGCGCCGCCACGGCGAAAUUGCCAGGAUGAUGCUGGCCCUACCGGCGCCGCCGGUUAGCGAUCCCCGGCACCCUUAUCUGAAGCUGCUGCUAACGGUGCUGGCCAACGGUCGCUCGAGCCGCUUGCAUCGGGCGUUGGUAGACCAGGGUCAGCUCUGUGUCUGGGCGAGCUCGGAUGUCGGCGACGCGCUCGAUCCGGGUUGUUCGGUGACUGCUGCCGAGGUCUUGCCCGGCGUCGAGCCACGGCAGGUCGAGGAUGCGGUGCUGGCCGAGCUCGACAAGCUACAUCGCGAGCCGCCCACCGCCGACGAGCUGGCGCGGGCCAAGAAAAUCCUCAUCGCCGACUGGAUCUUCGGUCACGAGAAAGUUCACGAGCAGGCCGUCGGCUUGGGGUUCGCUCGCGCCUUUCUGGGCGCUGGCCAUCCGUGGUCGUACCUCGAGCGACUGCUGGCGGCGACCCACGACGAUCUGCUGCCGGUGGCGGACCGCUUUUUGGACCUCGAGCACGACGGCGUACUGGGCUGGUCGCUAGCCGAAGGCUGA